AUGGCGCUCAGCGCCGCCACUUCCUGGCCCGGGACGCGCGGAGCCGCGCAGCGAGCAGGCCCGGGGCCGCGCGCAGCCCUCGGGUGGCGGGGCGGGCUCUGGAGCCCGAGGCCACCGUACCCGGGGGACGGUCUCAACGGAGGCUGGCGAGCCGCGUCCCCAUACACGGAGCCCGGGGCGGGCGGCGAGGGGCGCGCGCGGGGGUGGAGGAGGAGCCUCGCGCGACUGCGGCUGCUUCUCCCGGGGCUCCCGCCGCUGCUCCGCCGCGGUGCUCGGCCCGCCGCGCCCCGCCCCGGCCCGGCCCCCGCGCCCGCCCCCGCGGCCCGGCCGGGGACCCCGCCCCGCGCUUCCGGGAGGGGGAGGGGGAGAGGAGGAGCCGCCGGGCGCCCUAGGCCGCAGUCGCACCUCCCUGCGGGCGGCCGCCAGGCCCACUCUGGGCACCAGUUCUGCCCGCCUUCUAGCCUGCCUCUUCUGCAGCCAACAAGGAAGGAUGGACUGGGUCCGUGCGCCUCCAGGAAGUACUUUAUUUACAAGUGGCAAAUAGGAAGUGGUCGAAGAGUCUUCCAGAGUCGCUGCGUCUCACACUCUAGGAGCCCUGAGGCCUCCUUCAUGAAUGGCCAUUCUGCACCACGGCUGUGCAAGGUGUUCCAAGAGCAGGGGCUCCCUCCGGGCCCUGCAUCAGGAGAGAAUGUCAACCCGAUUCUGUUUGGAAACCCGGGCAACUGCCUACGCAUCCUCCAGUAUCCUUCCAAAAGUCUUCAUGAUUGAUGAUGCUGGGUCACCUGAGAA